AUGUCACAAACAGACUCAGUGAAAGUGGCGGAUAAGCCCGUGAUAGUAGAAAAAGUUGAGAAAAAUGUACCAAAGGUGGUUGUAGAAGCUGCAGCCGAAGUUGUACAACCCCGGGAAGAUGCCCAGGUCCGCGACAACACUGAUCCCGCGAAGCUGAUGCCGAAGUCCGAGCUCCUCCGACCGGUGUCAGUGCAGGGCAUGAUGGAACACGCCCUGCAGCACCGAGAGCGCGUCGGCGUUCAGGACUUCGUGCUGCUCGAGGACUUUCGUUCCGAGGCCGCCUUCAUCGACAACCUGAAGAAGCGUUUUAACGAGAACAUCAUCUAUACGUACAUCGGGAACGUGCUCAUAUCGGUGAACCCGUACAAGAACUUGCCUAUCUACACUGAGGAGAAGACCCAGCUGUACUACAAAAAGGCUUUCUUCGAAGCACCCCCACACGUAUUUGCAAUCGCCGACAACGCCUACAGGUCUUUAGUUUACGAACACAGAGAACAAUGUAUUUUGAUCUCGGGUGAAUCUGGUUCUGGUAAGACCGAAGCAUCCAAGAAGGUUCUGGAAUACAUCGCCGCCCGCACAAACCAUCUCCGCACCGUGGAAACUGUCAAAGACAAACUUCUACAAAGCAACCCUUUAUUAGAAGCCUUUGGUAACGCCAAGACUCAUAGGAAUGAUAACUCCAGUCGAUUUGGCAAAUACAUGGACAUCCAGUUCAACUAUGAAGGAGCACCUGAAGGAGGACACAUCCUCAAUUAUCUUUUGGAGAAGUCCAGAGUCGUCAGCCAGAUGUCUGGAGAAAGGAAUUUCCAUAUAUUCUAUCAACUACUUGCGGGAGCCGAUCAGGAAUUGUUGAGACGUUUGAAUUUACAAGGAAGGCCUGAGGCAUACAAAUACACCACAGACAUGAAUACACAACCGAACCAGCGAUCGCAUGACGCAGCCCAAUUCCGCACGGUCCAGGAAGCUAUGAAAGUCAUUGAAAUCGGGGCUUCGGAACAGAAUGAAAUAUUCGAGAUCGUCGCCAGCGUCCUACAUCUUGGAAAUGCCAAGUUUGUACAGAACGAGAAGGGGUUCGCCGAGAUUCUGUCUCAUGAUGCCAACACGGGCAACGUGUCAGAACUCCUCAAAGUAAACGCUAUAAAACUCCGACAAGCCCUAACAAGCCGAACGAUCGAAGCCCGAGGAGACGUCGUCAACACUCCCUUGGACAUCGAACAAGCGCAAUACGCCAGAGAUGCCCUGGCCAAAGCUAUCUAUGACAAGCACUUCAGCUGGCUGGUUUCCAGGCUGAAUUCUUCAAUGACGCCGAAAAAUGUGGAAUCGUUAUCGUCCGUCAUGGGCAUUCUCGAUAUCUAUGGAUUUGAGAUCUUCCCAAAGAAUUGCUUCGAACAGUUCUGCAUCAACUUCUGUAACGAGAAGCUGCAGCAGCUGUUCAUUCAGUUGACCCUAAAGCAAGAACAGGAGGAAUACUUGCGAGAAGGUAUCGAGUGGGAGCCCGUGGAAUACUUCAACAAUAUCGUGAUCUGUGACCUUAUUGAAGCCAGACAUACAGGUAUCAUCUCAAUCCUGGACGACGAAUGCCUACGUCCGGGCGACGCCACCGACCACAGCUUCUUGGAAAAGUUGUCACAGAAGCUGGACGGCCACAAGCACUACAAGUCGCAUAGACGCUCUGACAUUAAGACGCAGAAGAUCAUGGGACGCGAUGAGUUCUGCCUAGUCCACUACGCUGGUGAAGUGACGUACAGCGUGAACACAUUCUUGGAGAAGAACAAUGACCUUCUAUUCAGGGACAUUCAGAGUCUCAUGGCCUCCAGUGGCAAUACGAUUGUCGCUACUUGCUUUAAGGAUCUCAAGCGAGACUCUAAGAAACGCCCGGAGACUGCAAUCACCCAGUUCAAGAACUCUUUGAACGAACUUAUCAAGAUCCUGAGCAGCAAGGAGCCUUCCUACAUCCGAUGCAUCAAGCCCAAUGACAAUAAAACACCAAUGCAAUUUGACGACAAGCUGGUGUCCCAUCAAGUCAAGUACCUGGGUCUCAUGGAGAAUUUGAGAGUGCGGCGAGCUGGAUUCGCGUACAGGAGGACUUACGAAGCUUUCCUUGAUCGGUACAAGUGCCUGAGCCGGGAUACUUGGCCACAAUACCGCGGUCCCGCCAAGCAGGGAGUGCAGAAACUGGUAGAAGUUCUCGCCUACGAUAAGGAAGACUACAGGAUGGGCAACACCAAAAUUUUCAUUCGCUUCCCAAAAACCCUGUUCGAGACGGAAGACGCUUACCAGAUCAAGAAAAACGAUAUCGCGACCAUCAUCCAGAGCAGGUGGCGCGGCUACAGGCAACGGAAGCAGUACCUUAAGAUGAAGCACGCCGCAAUUGUUAUCCAAAAGUGGGUGCGAAGGUUCCUCGCUCAGAAGCUCCGCCAGAGGAGGAAGAAAGCUGCCGAUGUCAUCAGAGCUUUUAUCAAAGGAUUCAUUACCCGUAACGGCCCUGAGACUCCUGAAAACCGUCGCUUCCUGGGCAUUGCCAAAGUGCAUUGGUUGAAGCGUCUGUCCACCAAGUUGCCCACCAAACUGUUGGACCUGUCGUGGCCACCCUGCCCGGCGACCUGUCUUCAGGCUUCCAAAGAGCUUCAAAAGCUGCAUCGAGUUCAUCUCGCCAGGAAGUACAGACUGGCUCUGUCGCCUAAAGACAAGAAACAGUUCGAGCUGAAGAUACUGGCUGAGAAAAUGUUCAAAGGUAAGAAGAAGUCCUACCCGCAAAGCAUCGCACAGCGCUUCCAGGAGGAUCGGCUCACGCCCGAUCACCAGGUGCUCAGGAAUACUUUCAUGGCCUCACCGUCCUGGCCCACUGGCGAACAACUUAUUUAUUCGUGCGACGCAAUUAAGUACGACCGUCGCGGUUACAAAGAGCGUGAGCGCACACUCCUCGCAUCCGACAAGGCGCUGUACGUACUCGACGCCAGCAAUCGCAAGACGUACAAGCUCAAGCAUCGCCUGCCCAUCGACAAGCUUCGAGUCGUGCUCACCAACGCCACAGACACGCUUGUGCUUAUUAAGAUUCCUCAUGAUUUAAAGAAGGAUAAGGGUGACCUUAUCAUCUCAGUUCCACAUGUGAUCGAGGCCAUGACGAUUGUUACCGAUUACUCCAAGAAGCCGGAGCUUAUCGAGAUCGUGGACACAAGGACAAUCGCACAUGACUUAGUGAAUGGCAAAAAGGGCACCAUCGAAGUGACCACCGGACAGCAACCCACCAUCCACCGCGCCAAGAGCGGCAACUUGCUCGUUGUGGCAACACCCUGA